AUACGUUCAUAAGAACUUUAGAUGUAUUUUAGUUCUUGAUGAGAAAAAAUUAGCGACUGCUGAUCCACCAUUGCUCAAUAGAUUUGAAAAACAAAGGAUGACAGUCGAUGAUCUCCUUACCGAUAAUCAUCAAAAAGUGGUUAAAAUUUUAAACACAUGGACACAACAAAUGGUUUCUAUGGUAGAAACGGACAGAGUUAAUCUGUCACAAAUCUCUUUUACACAAAAAGAUCUUUUUAUUGGUUUUGAUGAAAAUGAAACUUUACAAAGUUUAGUAUAUGACAUCAUGGCUAAAUUUCCUGAAGAUAAUGAAGAAGUAAUAAUUAAACGAUGUAAAGCAGCUUUAAUUGACAUUGCAUCUUCCGAUGGAAUUAUUAGGGCUACAAAAUCAAAUGUAGAUCCUGGUGAAAUUAAUCUAUGGAACAAUGUUUAUUUCCGCAACUUCAAAGACGAACAUAUUCCACCACAGAAUCAUGAUAGUCUUAGUACAUUUUUUGGACAGCUUGUGUAUGCAGACAUGGAAGUAUCAAGAUUUAUUAUUAAUACGUUUUCCAACAUUAAUACAGAUGCUGCUGAGUGUUUAAAUGAUCUUAUCACAUGCCAAGUUGAUAAAUUAUCAACAUUUAAGACGGAGGCUCAACUUCAGAAUCGAAUUAAACGGUUUUGGGAGGAAUCAAAUGAACAAAUGCUAGUUCUUCAAUGCGAUGUUACUACCGUAAAUGCUGGGUGUAUUAAGUUGGCAAAAUUCAUCAUUGAGCAAUUUCAGGAUGAAUUUUUGAGAAAAAAUCCAAAUCAAACUAAAUAUGUUUGUAUUAUUCUCCACAUCCAACGAGAUCAAAAUUAUAUGUCUUCGUUUAAUUUCAUGUGCGGAUGGAAACAAGUUACAAUCGAGACUCUAACAUCACAAGAGAAGCAUCUGUCAACUAUCUUAAAAGGUUCUUUAGCUGAUAUUAUUAAUAACGAAUACAAAUUUGAGGAAAUUUUAAAGCAUGAGCUGCUGUGGUGUUUGUUAUGUAUAAAGUAUCCGUCUACUUCGAAAUCAGUCGAUCACAUAAG